CGCUUAGUCGGACGGCAGGCUGUAUGUAUUUGUAUUGUAGAAUAGAUGUGCAGCCACUGUGUAAUCUUUUGCUUACACGCAAGUGUGGCCUGCUGGGGACUAUAUACAUAUGGAGGUGAAGGUGCAUUUAUUUUGUGUGGAGUUUUGAAAUGCAAGGGACGGUAGACGCGGGCAGUAAUGCGAAGAUAGCUUAAGAUCCAAUCAGUAAACUUCUUCAGCAAAAGACCAGAAUUCAACAUGCCGCAGGCUCAGGUGAACACUUUCGGACCCGUGGACUACGUGGUGUUUGCUGGGACUUUGGUUGUCUCUGCCAGUAUAGGUAUAUACCAGGCUUUCACCGGCGGACGUCAGAAAACAACAGAUGAAUUUUUGAUGGCCAACAGAAAGAUGGGGGCAAUACCCGCAGCCAUGUCUUUGCUGGCCAGUUUCAUGUCCGCCAUAACGUUGCUAGGGACUCCGAAAGAGAUGUACGUUUACGGGACUCAGUAUUUGUGGAUAGCCUUUGGUUAUGUUUUAGUCAUGCCUGUUGCUGCGCACAUAUUUCUACCAAUAUUCUUCCGAUUAAGAGUAACCAGUGCUUACGAGUAUCUCGAGAUGCGUUUCAACAAAGCGGUGCGUGUAGCCGGAUCUCUCACUUUCAGCCUACAGAUGAUCCUAUAUAUGGCAAUAGUUUUAUACGCACCGUCUUUAGCGUUGGAACAAGUGACGGGUUUGAAUCGCUGGAUUGCCGUUGCUUCAGUGGGCGUCGUCUGCGUCUUCUAUACAAGUAUUGGCGGGAUCAAAGCUGUAAUGUGGACAGAUACAUUCCAAGUCUGUAUGAUGUUUGCCGGACUGCUAGCUGUGCUCAUUCAGGGUUCCAUAGGAGUCGGAGGAUUCGAGAACGCUUGGAGAAUUAACAUUGAAGGAGAGAGAAUAAAUUUCCUCGAUUUUAACCCCGACCCACGUGAGCGGCAUACAGUGUGGACGUGUGUAUUUGGAGGGUUCUUUACCUGGCUGGCUGUGUACGGUGUUAACCAGGCUCAGGUACAGAGAGCUCUCACAGUGGUCGACCUCAAGAGAGCACAGAUAGCCAUGUGGAUAAACGUGCCAGGUUUGAUCGCCAUUCUGAUCAUCAGCGCCAUGUCCGGUAUCCUGAUCUAUGCCCACUACUUCGACUGUGACCCAAUGACAAAUAAAGACAUUUCUAAUUUAGAUCAGUUACUGCCGCUAUUCGUAAUGGACAAGCUUGCCUUUGUGCCUGGUUUGCCUGGGCUAUUUACUGCCUGCCUCUUCAGCGGAGCGCUCAGCACCCUAUCGUCUGGUCUGAACAGUUUGGCAACAGUCUGCACGCGUGAUCUGUUCCAGGAAUUCUGCUGUAAACAUAUGUCUGACAGUAGGGCGACUUUGACGUCUAAAAUCAUGUCUUUGGUAUUCGGUUGUAUCGUAAUCGGCUUGACAUUCGUGGCGUCUCAGUUAGGGGGUGUGCUGCAGGCUGCUCUUGCGUUGUUUGGUAUGAUCGGUGGUCCUCUACUAGGAGUUUUUACUCUGGGAGUUCUUUUCCCUUGGGCUAACUGGAAGGUAAGGCACAUUGUAGACUACUAG